CCUCGAACAAAUCUAGGCCAGUUGGCUGUAAUGCGCUAGAAUGGAAAUCCUUAAACACGUUUUGGGGUUUUUGGUUUUCUUAAAGUUCUGUUCACCUUAUGUUAUUCAAUUGAAUUCAACAAAUUGGAAACAAAUGUUAGAUGGUGAAUGGCUUGUAAAAUUCCAUGCUCCUUGGUGUCCAGCUUGUCGACAGUUUUCACCAAUUUGGCAACAACUCUCUGAUGAUAGUUCAAUCAAUGCUUUUGUCGCAGAUGUUGAUGUAACAGAAAGUCCUGUCCUUAGUUUCAUAUUUUUUGUCAAGCGAUUACCAACUGUCUACCAUGUAAAAAAUGGCCUAUUCAGAAUAUACGACGGGGCAAGAACUCUUGAUGAUCUCAGAGUUUAUGUGAAAUCUGAAAAAUAUGAAACUGAAACACCUUUACCAUGGUAUUACUCACCAGCAUCUUUUCAUAUGCAUAUUUUCAUACGUUUCAUGGAUCUUGGCAUUUUCAUUACGAAUACUCAUCAAGCAUUUUUAGAUGCUGGUUAUAGUAAUUGGAUGUCAUUUUUGAUCAUUGGUCUAUCGACUAUAUUUUCCGGACUAUUCAUUGGAAUUAUACUUGUAUUGAUUUUUGAUUGUUUUUUCCCACCGCGUCCACAAAUCCUAAGAUUCAUUAGGAAACCUAAAAAGGUGGAAGAAUCUUUACAGUAUGAAACAGAAAAAUCCAGGUCUAAUGUUCACGAUGACGAUGUAUCAGAGGAAAAUGUAGAUGAUGAGAUUACGGAAACCCGUCAAAGGAAGGUCGAUAAUAAUGAAGUUCAUGAUUCAUAAUCUCAUGUAUUGCACAGAUAUUUACAUAUGCUUAGUUUCUUUCUAAUAUCACUGUUUCAUUUUUUUCAAUUGUUUUGGUUUCCGAACUACUCUAGACAACUUUUACAUACUCGAUUGGUUAUCGAAUUCGACCGUUUUGAUCUAAUGCGGUUAUUCAUGCCUUAGUAUGUAAAUUGUAAGAGUUAACUAAAUGUGAAUAUUAGCACAUACGGGUAUAAUGGCUUACUAAUAAUAUAUUUAAAGUAACUUGGUCAAAUUGUAAACAACUUGCUGUAUGUUUAAAUUACACAAGUAUAAGAAAUGGUAAAAUGAGCGGUUUUCCAGUUAUGGUACUGUUGUAUAGCUUCCAACGAGUUUUCUUUCUUUUUGUGUUCGGAAAUAUCAUUUCCUAUAAUCUACAGAAAAUUUGACAUAUUAGUGGAUUGGAACAGCUACCUUAAAUAUCUCUGACCACAUGAAAAUUCUCAUUUACGGAAUACUGGACAGGGGGUAAAUCGCGCUUGCAGAAAUCUUAGUUAUGAUUCAUCGUUUUGUUAAUAUAGUUGACACCGUAUAAAGAUCAUGCUGAUGUCAAUAUUUUGAGUGUAUUAGGUAAUUGACUUUCAAAAUGUAGCAAACGCAAAUAAGCAAUUCAUAAAAUGUGGAAAACAACUUGCAUCUCGUCAGGUUGAAGAGAGAUAUUCUAAAAACAGCUUAUUAGUUUAUAAAUUAAUUUAAAAAUUCUGUUAAUAAAUAGUUGGGGAAAAAACAAGAUUAAUGCUUGUUUUGGAACGAUCCAAUCUGCCUUAAAAAGCAUAUAUUUUAAGUUCUAUUAGUAAGUUUCUUCAUGUCCUACUUUUCUUCUAAUAUUAUUAUAUAACGUAACGUUGUUGAUAUUUACGGAUGUUUAUUGCAAUAUUGAGUGAAGUACGCUAAACAACCACCCCAAUAAAUAUAGAGUAAAAUCCGAAAGUUAUUACAUCCAAUGUUUUGUCACGCCUCAAAUCAGAGCAGUAAUAGAAUAGGGAAACAAAGAAGUAAGUUACAAGACUUCUCGUAGUAGAUAACCAAAGCUAUCACAAGAAUGCUAAUAAUUAAAAUAAAAUAAUGGACGAAAACACAGAUGACUCUUAGAAUUGUCAAAUGAAAGAAAUCAAUAAUUUAUACUCUCAUAAUCUGAUGUUUCUCAUAAACACCAGUUUCUCUGACACAUCAAAGCCUGGAAACAGUUCAUCAUCUCAAAACAAUAGCUAUGAAAAUGGAUGACGGUGAUAUUUCACUGGAAGUCCAAGUAUACCACAAGCUGAAUUCAUCACUACAGACGAAUAACAUGGCGAAAUAAGUUUAUUCCACAAAUGUAAAUCAUUUUCUGUUAUACGAAAAAAAUAGUUAUUUGCAUUUUACAAAAUCGACUGUAAAAGGUUUCGUAACGAUACUGUUUCACAACUUAUCAGAUAAUAGCAGUGCAUUAUGCUGUAAACAUGUUUACAUAGUAAUCAAUAAGGAAAGAUGAGUCUUUGAAAAGCCGAAGUGUUCGUGGUCACAGUGAUCAGGAAAUUAGACAUCACGGAAAGACCCUAUAAAGCAAGCUUACAAUUUGGCCAACUGCCGAAUGUAAAUAUCAUGAAAUGCUUGACAGGACAUUGAAUUACUGAAGUACAAAGCGAUAGGCCCAAAUGACAAGUACGCUUGCUACCUCAUUGCCUCUUAUCUUACUGGACUGCGAAAAUUUUGAGAUCACAAUGCAAAUAAUUCUAAUCUAGCAGAAAUGUAUAUCUGAAGUACAGGGAACUUUUAUGUUAUCAGUUGACAGCUUGAAAUAGCAAUACCUAAUAAACAUACUUCCUGUCACGAGUAUUAUUGAUGGUGGAUUUCUCGUAUGAUGUAAACCGUUUACUGUAACGAGAACCGCUCCAAUUAUUUGUACAUGAAUACGGGGAUCGUUCACUGAAUGUGGCGAUGAAUAGUUAGGCUGUUUAGAGUUUAAAUUCCGAAAUUAAAUCAACCGUAAUGUACAGGUCGCACCAAUUAAAUAGCAUAAUCUCUGUUGUGUCUGAUCUGUUCUAACUUUAAUCGAAAUUAAUAGAACCGGUCAAAUGGACUGAGGAAUCAAGAAGGAAAAAGCGAAUUAUUUAUUCUUCCUUCCCAAUGGGACUCUUCCUUCACAUAAUUUGGGAAUUUUUAUUAAGCAUUGUAGACUAAAUUAGAUGAUGCUCAUAAACUGACGUUACCCUAAAUGUUCUACUCAGAAUGCGUUAAGGUAACAAGAACUGUCGUUUUGUCACUAAAAAUAAGUACCAUAAGCAUUCAGGAAUCAUACAUUAUCAAUGAGUGUUGUUUGGCGAUGUUAUGUUUUAUGUUUAAGGAACAUUAAGUUUACCAGAUAACGUAUACUAAAAAUGCGCAAAAUAUGAAUCUUGCCAAACAACUAUAGAAGAAAUAUGUCAUUUUACUUAAUGAAAUUAUAUUUGAUUUCAGUUACUCAAUUUUAAUAUAUACCUAGGUAUCAGUUGUCAUUAUUUUUUUUCUUUCUAUGGUAGAUACAACUGCACGCUGAACGCAGCAUUAAACAUUUCUUACUUAUUUUAUCGAGUCUUAUUGCAGGUUUUAUUAAAGGUAUUUAGUAGAAACCAGUACUCUUUCGCUGUGCUGAUGUACGACGAGGCAACAACUUGAGCUCAUACACAUCUGCUACAGGCCUUAUAUGGUGAUGAAGACUGAUCAGCCCCAAUCAAUCUAAAAUAUGCUCUACACAAUUUAUCACUUUCAAAAAAUCAAACAUUACGUAGCCAUGAAUUUAAUUAGAUUCUUUAAAUAUUGGAUUUUUUUCUCAAAAGUACAUAUUUCUGCACAGUGCUAUGUAGACAAAAUAGUGAUAUAGUAAACAAAUAAAUUUGGUCAUUACCAUAUACCAAAUAAACAUAUACACAAGAUUAAGACCCUAAACAAAAUAGGGAAAUAAUCAUUCCAUAUAGGCGUGAAUCAUCAUAUCCGGCGAUAAUCCAAAAGUAUCAAAUACAAGUUUCUCUAGAAGUGAAUGCUAACAAGCACUUAUUGCAAAGUAAUAACAAAGUUCAGUAGAUUGUUGUAAACAAAGUAUUGACAAAUUUACUUUUGUUUUCAAAACCAUCUUAUGAUGACUUGAUUCGAUAGCUUCAGUCACAUUAUAAGGAAUUAUGAUAUCAGGCUUAAAAAAUAUUCGGCUAAGGUUAAUUAUUUUCUGACAAUUACCUACUUUCCCGGUUAAAUAGCGUUUCAACUAAAACACAUAACAGUUAUUAGCAAGGAAAAAAUUAAGUAUGCGGGAGCCAGAAAAAAGGAAACAAAUCAUGCUAUGGUUGGGGAAGCCUGUCAACCUACAACAUGACCUCAGGGGUAGUGAGAUGGCUUCAAGGAUUGAUUUUUAGACCAAAAGUUGUACUGAGAAAGGUCCUAUCAGCCCCCGUGCUGGUCUCUUUGUACUAAACGAAAAUGUCAUCGCAACGGUCAACUAUGGGUAAGUGCCCGACUUAUGUAACCCUCUACUGGGCCUAGUAGUUUACACUUACGUGCCAAAGUACAUAAAUUAAAAAAAAGUACGUUUUGCAUCCGCAUCUCUGAACAUGUUCCACAAAAUAAACGAAUAAUAUUUUCAGUAGUGUAAGCGCUUGUCAUUUACAAUGGAUAUGAUGUUGAUAAUUCAAAACUCUUUAAAAUAACCAAUAAACAAAAAAAAUCGAAUCUGUUGAGCUUCAAUGGAUUGGUCAUUUUUUAACUAUUAUAUAAACAAUGACAGGAAUCUCCGAUUUCGGAGAAUUUUUUCUUCGUGCUCUUUAUAGUUUCCUCUUCUAGAAUAUUUAAUUUAUAAAUGAAUAAACAGUCAUCUAGAUGAUUCUUUCACAAUUGUAUUUUUAUUUAUUAAUCUACAUAUCAGACCCAACUGUAAUUAAAACUUUUCAUUUGAAAUAUGUACACUCGUAUUUUUUUUUCAAAAUGAUUAAUACUACUGUUUCUAGACUGUAAGCGGCUGACAAGAAACCACGAAAUAAAUUAAUUCUAAUUAUUCAGCUACAGUUGUUAUUCUUACUUUAUUUAUAAGUGAAAAUAAAUGGAAAUAGAGAACUUUGAAAUCUUUCCUCUGGUGAAUCAGCUCAUACAUAUUUAGGUGUAUGUUUAUUAAACAAUUUAUUUAUGGUAUUAUUUUCCUAAUUAUGAGCUUCCGUUUGACGCAUUAACUGUUGCCAUA